AAAUCUCGGCCAGCAUCAGUCGACGGCAAGGCAUACAAACACAUACACGCGCGCAUCACGACAGACGGCCUCGGUUGCGUCCCAAUGCCAUUCUUUUUCACAUUAUAGCAGCGUCCGACACAUUCCACGUCAAUUUUGCGGCUCUCCGCCCUGCGCCCGACACAUUCAACCGCACAAUGGGGCCUCAGCCGGCCUGGUCCUCGUUGCGACGGGUGACACACCUGAUUCCCUGCCAGGCCUCCUCUGCUUCCGCCACCUCCGCUUCAUUACCCUUCCUCGCCAGCUCUAGGCCCCUGAAGAGAGAUACAACGUUCGCAACGAGAACAUCAACGUCUCCAGCCCACCUUGCCGCGCGGCUAUUUUCGACGACGCCUCCCGUCCAGACGAAGACCAUUAAGCCGCACCGCCUGCCCUCCAACCUCAUCCCAGAGUACCCCUAUGGCGAGCGACGCAUCUACAAGCAAUCCAACAAGGGUCUGUAUGGCAGCGCGCGUAUCCGCUUCGGCAACAUCGUCGCGGAGAAGCACAAGAACAAGUCGCGGCGGUACUGGCGGCCCAACGUGCAUGUCAAGGCCUUCUACUCGCCCGCCUUGGACGCCCGCGUCAAGACGCGCCUGACGCUGCGCGUCCUCAAGACGAUCCGCCGCGAGGGCGGCAUCGACAACUACCUGCUCAAGAGCAAGCCCGCCCGGAUCAAGGAGCUCGGCCCCGGCGGCUGGAACCUGCGCUGGCUAGUCAUGCAGACCCAGGCCGUGCAGCGCCGCUUCAACGAGGAGCGCGUCGCCCUCGGCCUCGAGCCCAAGGAAAUCGAGGACCGCGACGACAUCAUCCAGUACGCUCUCGACUACGCCACCCCGGGGCCCUUGAGCGUGCGGAGCCGUGCCACGCUGAGCGAGAUGAACGACGCCAUGAACGACGCCUUUGUGCUUGGCGACGACGAGGCCGCCCUCACCGACCUUGAGGGCAUUGAGGAGCUGUCAGACGAGGCGGAGGAGCUGCUGUUGCGCGAACUGGACGAGGUGGAUCAUGCUACCAUAGCCAAUGCGGAGACGGAGAAGCGGAGAGCGGAUGUCUAGAUGACUUAUCACUUGUACUCUUACAUGAAGAUUACCACUUGUACUUAUGCUUGUCAAUCGCUUGCGUCAACCUUUGUGUGGCAGGUCGCGGCGUUUUCGCUUGCGGGAGCUACUCGUCCGACUAUACUGCGCGGUGCUUUUACUGCCGCCCCCGCCACCAGACGCGGGCAUCGGGGAAAUGAAAAUCAUUUAAAUAGCUUUGACAUAUUUUGCACC